AUGGCAAUUAUGGUUAACGGUAGCUGUACUGAUGAUUUCAAGGCGGAACGUGGAUUAGGACAAGGAGAUCCACUUUCUCCUCUUCUGUUCAUAAUCAAAAUGGAAGGAUUAAUCUGCCUUAUGGAGAAAGCGGUAGCAUUGGGUGAAUAUAGAGGUUUUCAGUUUGAAGAGAACAACUCUGUUGAUAUUUUGAAUUUUGCAGACGAUACGAUAAUAUUCGGAGAAGAUGAUAGAAAUAUGCAGAUUGCUUCGUCUUUUCUGGCUUGCGGAGUUGGGGUAUGCCCUUUCAAAUUCUCAGGGGUCAUGGUGGGGGAUAGCCCGAGGAAGAUUGGUAUGUGGAAGGAGGUGGCGAGGAACGCGAGGAAGAGGCUUGAUAAAUGGAGAGGGAGGGAUCCUAGGAAGGUGAUAAAAGAGUUAAUUGGUAUUCAAAGAAAAUUCUUGUGGAGGGGAGUGGAAGGGGAGAGAUGCAUAAGUUGGUGGAAGUGGAGGAUUCUUACGGAGAAUAAUUUGGUGUGGUACGACUUGGUAAGAUUUAGGUGGAUCGGGGAGCAAGCGCUUUCAGAGGUUUUCCCUGAACUGUACGCUAGGGCUUCUUUACCGUUCAUGUCAGUAGCGGAAGCGGGUCAUUCAGAGAAUAGUGUUUGGUAUUGGGAUGUGCAAGAUUGGUUUAGUGGUGAGGAUGAAGACGAUUUGCAUCUGGUUCAGUUAUUGACAUAUCUCAUAUUGCAUUUUGAUUUGGUUUAG